GAUAAAAAUUUUCAUUAGCAACACUGAAGCAAAUGCAAAUGCAAAGAAAAAAUUGUUGGCGCCUUUAGCAACCGGCUUUCGACAGUUUUUGUAAUCAGUGGUAAAAGAAACCUGGAAUAAAAUUUAGUAAAGCACCCUACAAAGGGUAAAAUGGCAACGAAUGGAACAAAUACAUCUGAAGACGCUGAAAUGGUUGAAUACGACGGAGACAAGGUCGUGACAAUGUUGGAUGUUUUGCAAGAAGAACAAGAUUUUGAAGAGGACGCUAAUGCUGUUCUCGGUGCAUCUGAUGAUAAAAAUUGUUCUUACAAUAAGGGUUAUGUGAAAAGGCAAGCAAUCUAUGCAUGUAUGACAUGCUGUUCUGAUGCUAAAAUUGAUCCUUUGAAGAGAGCCGGCGUCUGUCUGGCUUGCAGUUUGACCUGCCAUGAAAACCAUGAGUUAAUUGAAUUGUACACUAAGAGGAACUUCCGCUGUGACUGCGGUAAUGCCAAGUUCAACUCGCAUCCUUGCCAAUUCAAUGCUAAUAAAACAGACCUUAACGAAGACAACACAUACAACCAGAACUACAGUGGAUUAUACUGCACUUGCCAUAGACCUUAUCCUGAUCCAGAUUCUACAACAGAAGAUGAAAUGAUUCAAUGUGUAAUCUGUGAAGAUUGGCUGCAUGCAUCACAUUUAGAUGCAGUUGUCCCCGAUGAAGCAUAUGCUGAAAUGAUUUGUAAAGAUUGCAUGGAGAAAAAUAAUUUUUUGCAUGAUUAUAGCAGUUUAGCCAUUACAGCUGAAAAUGUAGAUAUUGACAUUGUCAACAGUAGUGGUGCUGUUGUGUCAAAUGGCAUUCCAGAAAGUGAGGGUACAUUGGAAAAAACUAAAGAACAAGAUAUAGAAAUGAAAGAUGAGGCAGACGUAAAUGUAAGUGAAUCUACAAGUGCUGGAGUUCCACCUAAUACUGAAAACAAAAAUGAGACUGAAAUAAAUUCUGAAAGUGAUGCAAUGAAAAAUUCCACAAAUAUAUUGGAAAAAGUAGAAAGUAAAGACACAAGUAAUGAUUUUAAUACCAAUAAAACGACAGAAGUUGAAGGAAAUGAAAAUUCCACUAUUGAAACCGUAGAGGCCAAAACUGAGGAAGAUCAGACAGAGGGAAAAAUUAUAGAAAAUUCCACACUAAGUCCUGACCAGAAAGAAACUGAUUGUAAAAGUGAUCUUCCAGAUAAUAAGAAUUCAACACCAAUUAAAGAAACUAAUGAAGAUGGAGCAAAAAACGUUAACAAAGAAGAAAGUGUACAGCCUACUACUCAAGACACAGGUGUAACUGUUGCAGACAAAGCUAAAAGUGAUAAUGAUAUCCCUGUCACAGAUGUUAAGGAAUCUAAAAAUAUUAGAGACUAUGAACUGGAACUGGAAGAAGAACUACUAAAAGAACCUACUGACACAGACAGGCCUAAUGACCAACAGGAAGGUGGAAUCGAAAAAGGUAUAACAAAAUCAAAUAUUGAAAGUGACAAGGAACCAGUGACUGAUUCAACCAAUGAAGCGGCUGUGGAUACAGCAAAUGAACAAGCUGUACUCACAACUAAUGGACCUGUUAUGGAUACAAGCAAUGAAUCGGCUAUGGAUACAGCCAAUGAAGCACCUAUAGAUACGAUUAAAAAACCAGCCAUAGAUGCAACCAAUGAUCCAUCUAUAAAUAAAACUAACGAACCAGCAAUGGAUACAACUAAUGAACCUGCCAUAGAUACAACCGCGGAAGCAGUGUUAGCUACGGAAAAUAUACCACCUCUAGAAACAUCACUGGAUACGAAAGAAAGCACAGAAAUGGAUGUCGAAAAGAAUGAAGAAAUUGAUUCAAGUAAAACAGAAUUACAAACAAGUCAAGACAACUCUGAAACAAGCAGUGAACAAAAUAGUAAGUUAGAAUCUAUAAAUACAGAAGAAACGGACACACGACAAGAUGUAAUUACUGAAGAUAAGCUGUUUACUAAUGAAGAUUCAAUGAGCAUUGCAAAAGACAGUACAAAAGAUGAAGAAACUAAUUCUAUAGUAGAUGAAACUAACAAAAAAGCUAAUACUGAGAAUGUUGAAGAAACUGUCGCAUGUAGUAAUGAAAACAAAAGGAAAUUAUCAAUACAAGAUAAAGAUGAUGGUGCUAAAAGGAUAAAAACCGAUGAGAGUAAAAGUUGUAUCAGGCCAAGGGGAAAAAGACACUUAAAAGGGGCAACAUUCUGGCCAUCAAAUUUCCGACAGAAACUCUGUACGUGUAAUGAAUGCCUUUCCAUGUACAAAGAUUUGUCUGUACUAUUUCUUACAGAUUGUGAGGACACAGUCGCUGCAUAUGAAAUGCUAGGAAAAGAAAGGAGUAAUGGAAAUUCUCAGUAUGAAAAAGGUUUACAGGCUUUGUCCUCUCUUGACCGCAUUCAGCAAAUAAAUGCAGUCACAGAGUAUAACAAAAUGAGAGAGAAAUUGUCUGAUUUCCUAAAGAGUUUUAUGCUUAAAAAGGAGGUUGUUAAAGAAGAGGAUAUAAAAGCAUUCUUUGCGGGUAUGAAGCCAAAACGGGAGCCUGAUGGAGUAUAUUUCUGCAGAUAAAAUUUAUUGAUAAGAUUUUCUCAUUUAUUUUGUGAUUUAAUUUAGUAUUACUGUUUAAAUAUUCUAAAGCCUGCUAAAUAUUCUCAGUUCUGACAGUUUUAACUGAACAGUCAAACUUUUCCGUAAAAACUGAGUGUUGCAGACAUUAUUUUAGUAGGUUGUUCCCAAUUAAUUCUUCCACAUAUGUGAUUGAAAACUAUAAAUUGCAUUAAUAUGUGUUGUAACUUUCGAGAUUGGAACAGUAAAUGAUAGUUUUAAUUUUGUCGUGUUUUAAAAUAUGACUUUUAUUCCCUUUUAAGAUAUUACCAGAUUUUGUAAACAAUUUUUAUGAAUAAAGCUUAUCUUUGCGCUAUAGUUUUA